CCGUUCCGAUUUCCAACUCUGACAGAUUCUUCAUCUUCUCCCAAUUUUCUCUGCGGUCCCAGUUCCUUCUUCGUUCUUGAUCUGUCGAACCCGGAAUUUCAGAUUCCCUUCAUUCUGAUUGUUCAGGAUAAGUUCAAUUUGAUUCGUUUCGCAAAACCCCUUUCUCUUCCUCUUCUGAAUGAUAUAUUUGGAGUUUUGUGAUUGCAUGCCCUAAUUUUCGCUCUGAAAGUAGAAAGUUCGUUGUUCGAAGUUCUAAUCGCUAGGAUGCGUAAUUCGAUCCCACAGCCUUCUUCCCCCAUCCGUGCGGUGGAUAAUUCGCCUCUGCUCGCGCACUCCGUCGCCGAUGGCCUUUUCCGUUCGCGAGGGUUUAUUCGCCGUUCGCCUCAACCUCUUCGCGGAGCGGUUCGUCUUCUCCGCCGUGCAAGUGGCCGGCAGAUGAUGCUUCGAGAAUCCUCCGUUCGUGUCCGCGAGAACGCCGCGGAGCAGCUGGAGGAGCGCCAGAGCGAUUGGGCGUACUCAAAGCCGAUUAUCCUUUUGGACCUUCUAUGGAACUUGGCCUUCGUCGCCAUUAGUUUCACUGUCAUAGGGCUCAGCACGAGUGAAAAACCUUCAGUGCCGCUCAGAUUUUGGAUCAUUGGAUAUGCUAUGCAGUGUAUAAUUCACAUGUCCUGUGUAGCUACAGAGUAUAAGCGGCGGCGCUCAACAAGAGAGCUCGUCGGAUUGGACCGUAGCGGUGGCUGGACGAGCAGCGAGGAUUCAAAUUCGAUAUCCGGAAGCGAUGGCGAUGAUUAUGCGACCGAGCUCACUGUGAAUGACGAUGAACCGAGCAAUCUUGUGAAGCAUAUUGAGUCUGCAAAUACCAUGUUCUCUUUCAUUUGGUGGCUGUUGGGCUUUUAUUGGGUAACUGCUGGAGGCCAAGAAUUGAUAGAUGAUUCACCUCAGCUAUACUGGCUUUGUAUUACAUUCCUUGCUUUCGACGUCGUAUUUGUUCUGAUUUGUGUUGCCAUUGCGUGUCUUGUUGGUGUUGCAAUUUGCUGCUGUCUGCCUUGCAUAAUUGCCAUCUUGUAUGCGGUUACCGAUCAGGAAGGAGCUACUAAGGAAGAGAUCGAACGCUUACCGAAGUACAAAUUUAACAGAACGGGUGAUGUCGAGAAAGUGAAUGGUGAUCUUCAAGAAUCUACCGGAGGAAUGAUGACUAAAUGUGACACUGAUGCACCGACGGAGCGUUUUCUUCGGUCUGAGGAUUCUGAGUGUUGCAUCUGCCUCUCUGCUUACGAAAACGGAACCGAGCUACGAGAACUUCCCUGUAACCACCAUUUUCACUGCAACUGCAUCGACAAAUGGUUGCACAUGAAUGCUACCUGCCCUCUCUGCAAGUUCAACAUCUUGACGCCGAACGGUUCCGGUAGCGAAGAAGUGUGACGAUGUGUACGAGCCAUGAAACACAGACACCAAACUUAAAAUCAUCAUGUUUUGGCUUUGAUGGCCAGUGAAAGAAGGGACCAUAUUUGAAAGGAUCCUCCAGGUGAAGAGAGUUUGUUCGGAAGCUGCUGCUUUUGUUUAGUUCAUGUUCGUACGUGUGUGUGUGUGUAUAUAUAUAUAUAUAUAUAUAUAUAUGCGUGUGUGUAUGUGUGUUAUUAGGCUAAAAACAAAUGUUGAGUUUUUGUUCCUAAGUCUUGUAAACUGUUGUAAUGACAAUGCUACAUACUCAAUACUCACAUAUCUAUAUAUAUAUAUAAAGAAUGUAGCGACCAACUUUCUGCAUA